AUGGACCGUCCCGCCCGGCCGCACCCCUUCAAGGAAUUUCCCGCAUCACCUCUCGGCGUCCAGAGUGGCAUCGAGCGCUUCCCAAGAAAGUACCGCGCGACAAACCCCCCUCCUCGGCUCGAGUCCUGGCGCUGCAAUCUGACUGCUCUCUCUCAUAUCUACAAUCUUUACUUCGUAGCUUCCCGCUACAAGGUCCUGGUAUAUGAGCCAAAUUUCCCGGACCAAAAGCUGUCGGCUCAACCGAGCCUCGUCCUUUCUCCCACCGUGCUCGUCGAUGCUGCGCCUGAUGUCAGUGAACACUCGCCUCUCGGCGCUGGUAGGACCAUCAAUGCCCUCCUGGUCGACUUUCUUGGGAACGAUGAGAUCUUGCUUCUUGCACUCCAUGAUGGCCGCGUCAUAGGCUACCAUGUCAACCAGAUCCAGCGCGCCAUUGAGCGACGUCAAGAGCCCGGCUGUGUGGAAACCAUCGAUGGAGACGACGUGCGCCCCUUCUUCUCCGAGGAUGUCGGCAGCAGCGCUUGGGGCCUGGCUGUCCACCGGGAAGCACGCAUGAUUGCUGUUAGCUGCAAUGCUCACACUGUCACCGUCUUUGCACUUGCCCUAACCAAGGAAUCCUUGCCCAAAACACGCUCGUGGCUGCCAAACAGGUCGCAACAGCACAGGAUAGUCACUCAAGACAGCGGAGAGAACAUCCCAUGCGUAGCACUCUGCAACACAGGCGACGACCCUGAAGGUCGGUGGAUACUCACCAGCGACAUCAACGGCUUCAGCAGGAUAAUGGACCUUGCCAGAUGCCACGAGGAAGCAUUCUCUGGUGUAGACAUGCACGCCCAUAGAUUCUGUGCCAUGACUGAAUCGGCCGGGAACAAGCAAUGCGGCUGCGAAUAUCUCGAGCACGGCAUACGGUACUAUCUGCACGCAACUUGGGGUGUCAUGUGGCUUGAUCGGAGAGCUUUCAAGCGAACGGAAAGUGUGAGCGAAGCGUUGGGCUCAGAGGGCAUUCCUCUCAAGGUUGAGAGGAUGUCCUCGACUUUGAAUUGCUAUGAUAACAGCAACAACCGACAGCGUGUUCACAAUUCCAGCACGAUAUACGGAUCCCCAGUCGGCCGGCUGGAGGAUAACUCGGACGAAUCAUCCGACGACGACGUGAGCGUGGCGGAGCCUCUCACAGAAGUUGAAGUUGCUCGCGGGGUAGAGCUCAGGAGGGCACCGCGAAACCCUGGAGGCGUCACCCGCGCUCAGAUCAAAAUCCCGCCAUCGCCGAUAAUGCGGCUCUCGGUGAAGGACAUAUUCCUGAUCCAGCCACGGAGUGCAAAGUCACCAGAGCGUCCCCCGGUUGGAUUCUUCGACCCGCUCUUCCAGUAUAUCAGACAGAACCCGUUCAUGGAGCAGGUAUGCAUGCAUGACCGCAUCAACCUGUACGCUCAGAUUGUCGAACUCGGCAUCGUGGUGGUAGGCUCUGCCAAGGGACGGGUUGCCAUCAUGUCUUUGACUCAAACGGACGAGGGAUUCACGAGCCGUAGGCCAUUCUACGGGUGCAGAAUCGACUGGAUCUUGCCCUUUCAAGACCAGGAGGAAGAGGGCAGUCGGCCGCUCGCACCUUUGGUCGGCAUCGCCACGGGGCCGGUGCAAGGCAUGCUUGGUCGGCAGGCGGACUAUUCUCGAAGGUGGAGACUUCUCAUGAUGUACGCGGACAACUCGGUGCUCAGCUACGAGCUAGGCAAAGCGCGCGAAGGAAGGGUCACGGUGCACGAGUUUGGCGGGCUUGUAGUAUAG